UUCUCUUUGUUUGUUGUUGUAGACGAUUCUGAAGAGGAGAGUCUGGAGUCCGAUCUGGGUCAGGUGGGGACUCACGCCUUCGCCCGGAUGGAGGGUGACGUGGACAAACAGCGCAAACAGAUCCUGCAGGGCCAGAUGUCCGAGGCGGCGAUUCAGAAACAACACCAGAGAAAUUACAACCGCUGGCUGUGUCCGAGAGCAGAAGAUCUGUCGGACAUCGCUGCACUGAAAGCUUUAUAUCAAACUGGUGUGGAUCUGUGCGGCAGGACAGUGAUGGUUAUUGUUGGACGAAACAUCCCGGUGACCCUUAUCGACAUCGAGAAGGCUCUGCUCUACUUCAUCCACGUGAUGGACCACAUCACAGUGAAGGAGUACGUCAUGGUUUACUUCCACACACUGACCGGGGAGCACAACCACCUGGACCCCCACUUCCUCAAGAACCUCUUCGACAUCGUUGAUACCAAGUCAGUCUUUUUUUUUACACUAAAAUAUCAAAAUUAAUGGAAAAUUGACUUAACCCA